CGAACAGUCAUACCAGGCCGCCGCCACCCACGUACCUAGGUACCUAUAGGUAGUUUCCAGUUACCAUUGAACUUUCCCUACUUAUCAUUCGCUUCCGUCGCAACGGGCAACUGGUAGCACUUAGCCUUCCCAUGAUAGAUAUCUAAUCUACUUGAUUCGUUAUACUAUUUUUUUUAUAACUUUGUUAUCCAUUCUUCUUUAUUAGUGUUUGUCUAGGUUCGUUUCAUUCUUCGUUGCAGCGACGUAAAGCUCUAUUCUUAUUUGGGGGUGUUUCGGUCAACAUUCCUAGGGUCUUAGAAGCUACCUACCUACCUACCAUACCAAACUUUUAAUCCACGACACCGUCGAUUCUCCCCUCAACAUGGACACCACGGUAGACAUCGGUAGACGUAUCGUGCAAAUGUUCUGGGAUCCCGAACCAACCAACGACAUUGUCCGCGACCGACCCGUCUGGUGCCUCGGUUCUUCUUAUAAACUCAACAAUAGCACCCCGAGCCCCAAGCAAGACCCUUCUCCAGCUUCUGAACCACCGGCCAAAGACUCGAUUCAAGCCCCGGCAAGAUUACCUGCAACCCCACCCGAUUCUACCUCGAGCAGCUUCGACUCGUCCCUAGCAUACGACGAAGCACCUCUCGAUGGAGGUUGGCCUCCCGCUUUUCUCGACGAUUUCGAAUCUAGAAUAUGGAUGACAUAUCGGUCAGAAUUCGAGCCUAUAGCCAAGUCGGAAGAUCCUAAAGCACUCUCCGCCCUGUCCUUUUCUAUGCGCCUCAAGACCCAGUUAAGUGACCAGCCUGGAUUUGCUUCGGAUAGCGGAUGGGGAUGUAUGAUUAGAUCUGGCCAGAGCUUGUUAGCCAAUGCCAUGCUUGUGCACCGUCUCGGUCGAGGGUGGCGGAGAAGUACACCAGACCAGGAAGAAAAGAGGCUUCUUUCACUGUUCGCCGAUGAUCCACGAGCACCAUAUUCAAUACAUAAUUUCGUACGCCAUGGCGCCUCUGCAUGCGGGAAAUAUCCUGGUGAAUGGUUUGGCCCCUCAGCGACAGCAAGAUGCAUUCAAGCCUUGACCAACGCGACGGAGCCAACAUUACGCGUCUACUCAACGGGCGAUGGUCCUGAUGUCUACGAAGACAACUUCAUGAAGAUCGCUAAACCUGAAGGCACAACUUUCCAUCCGACCGUGAUUUUAGUUGGGACGCGACUUGGCAUUGACAAAAUUACACCGGUAUAUUGGGAAGCCUUGACAGCAUCCUUGCAGAUGCCACAGUCAAUCGGCAUUGCUGGCGGACGUCCAUCCUCAUCGCAUUAUUUUAUUGGAGUUCAAGGUCUUCAUUUCUUCUACCUUGACCCACACUAUACACGACCCGUUUUGCCAUAUCACGAAGAUCCCGACGAGUAUACGCAAGAAGAAAUUGAUACUUGCCAUACGCGAAAGCUACGGCGGCUACACAUCAAGGAGAUGGAUCCCAGCAUGCUCAUCGGCUUUCUAAUUCGUGACGAGGAGGAUUGGAGGGAUUGGCGAAGAAGCGUCAAACACGUCCAGGGCAAAGCCAUCAUUCACGUGUCAGAUUACGACCCAACUGCGCAAAUGCAAGAAUCGGGAGGGCCUAUUGACGAAGUUGAAACCCUGAGCGAUGAAGAUGACGACACAGCCCAGGAAGAAUGAACGGGCACUGGGCGCAACGUGUUGUUAGUUUGGUGCGCCAGGGAAAUACCACUAGGUAAUAGUCAGGCGUGAAACGUAAAGCAUGAAGGACCUUGGACGAUCAUUGGCAAUGUAAAUAUCAUGAGCACCUACUACAGGAAUAGGCAAGCAAAACUGGCUAGCCGAGGACUUGACCAGUUCAUGGUUAUUUGCUUUGGGAGGCGUUAUGAAUUGGAAAUGGAGACGAUCAGGUAACGCUUCCACUAUCCCGAGGUUAUUAAAU